AUGUUCAAGUGGCCCCGCAUCCAAUUCUACGAACUGGGCGACCAAUCCUGGCUCCCAGGCUGGCUGCACCAACACGAGCAAUUCACCCUCACGCAGCUCUGGCACCUCUCCAUCCCCGGAUGGAGCCACGGCAGCCUGGCCACACAGGCCUGCACCGUCAUUCGUGAGCAUCUACCGGAUGUGUCGUCGUACUUGUUUGUCGACCUCUGCGCCGGCGCCGGCGGGCCCACCCCGUUGCUCGAACGGGAACUCAAUCGAGCCCUCGAGCAGGCCGACGGCAGCGACAGCAGCGCCCAGCCGGUCCGAUUUCUACUCACUGACCUUUUUCCUCAUCUCGAAGCCUGGAAGGGCAUCACCAAGAAGCAGCCCAACAUCUCCUAUAUCCCUUCCGCCGUGGACGCACGGGAUGCCCCGCGCUACACCCCCAAAGACCGCAAGGAGUGUCGCAUCUUCAACAUCUGUUUCCACCACUUUAAGGAUGAGGAUGCCCAAGGAAUCUUGCAAAAUGCGGUGGAUGAGGCGGAUGCGUUUGUGAUUUUUGAAAUCACCGCCAGGAAUCUCUGGACCUGCCUGUGCUCCCCGCUGGUUUUCUUCUUCGCAUACGCCGUGACGCUGCGCUGGUACUGGUGGUCGCCCGUGCAUCUGUUCUUCACGUAUGUGGUGCCGGUGACAGCGCUAGCGUUGUGGGUUGAUGGGCUCAUCUCGUGUCUGCGGACGCGGACGCCCGAGGAGAUCUCGGCGCUGCUGCAGCGGCAGGCGGUGGUGGAUGUGACUGGGUGGAAGCUUGCCAGUGGAAGCCGGACGGUGCAGUGGCCGUUCAUUACAUUGCAUUAUUAUGUAGGCGAAGAUAACAGCGAAAGAAAAAAGAAACACAAGGAACAGCGAAUGACGGAAAAGCGGAAAGCGGGCUGGGUGGUCCAAGCGAUAAUAAUCAUAGGCGCCGGCCUCGGCGGCCUCACCACCGCCAUCGCCUGCACCCAGCAAAACCUCGACGUCCUCGUCCUCGAGAAGUCCCCCCACCUGCAGACCGCCGGCGCGGGCAUCCAGAUCCCGCCCAACGGCACGCGCGUCAUGCGCGAUCUGGGCCUCCUCCCCAAACUUCUGCACGAGGGAGGGGGAAAAGUCCUCGAGCACGUGGAUUUCCGUCGCUACGCGUCGGGCCAGAUCCUCCGGUCUAUGCCCUUUGGGGCAGGGAUUGUCGCGGAGUUCGGGGCGCCGUGGUUGAUCAUCCAUCGGGCCGAUUAUCAUCGCGUGCUGCAUGAGGAGGCUGUUCGGCUAGGAGUGGAAGUCAGGCUGGGGGUUGAGGUGGAGGGGGUGGAUUUUGAGGGUCCGGCGGUGCUUUUGGCGGGUGGGGAGCGCGUGCCCGGGGAUGUGGUUUUGGGGGCUGAUGGACUCUGGUCGCAGGUUCGUGGGUGGGUGGUCGGUGGAGAUGGCGCGAUGCCCCAGGAGACCGGCGAUUUGGCGUAUCGGGCGGUGAUCCCGAGGACGGAGCUUGAGGCGCUUGGGGAUGAGAAGGUGGACGAGCUGUGUCGGCUCGUGGCGGUCACUAGCUACCUCGGGCCCCGGAAGCAUACUAUCUUUUACCCCGUGCGGGGCGGGAGGGAGUUUAAUCUGGUUCUGCUGCGGCCGGAUGAUUUGCCGUCGGGGAGGAGGAGGGAGGAGGCGGAGGUGCAGGAGAUGCGCGAGAGUUAUGCUGGGUGGGAUCCGACGGUGCUGACUGAAACACAGGGUCGAGUGGCUCUUCUCGGAGACGCUUGUCAUCCUACCCUGCCGUAUCAGGCUCAAGGAGCGGCGAUGGCUGUUGAAGAUGGAGCCGUCAUUGGUAGACUCCUUGGGCUUUUGCAGAGCCAUCUAUUGCAGUCCGAGUCCCAGGGAAAGGGGAUGUCUACCGCAGAUAGCGUUGCUUCGAUACUGAAACUUUACGAACAAGUCCGGAAAGGACGCACAACACGCAAUGUGCGGGCGGCGCGCAUCAACCGGUUCCUACUCCACAUAGCAGACGGGAUUCUGCAAAGGCUCCGCGACUUCUUGCUGACGUAUAUGGGCGUCACUCGCGAGAGCGACUGGAGUUGGCUUUUCUCUUUCUCAAUGAGACAGACGUUGGGUCUUGAUGUCAUUCGUGACUGUGAGGCUGCGUUUGAGGAGUGGGUGCGAAUCGGGAGCUAA